AUGCCGUCUGUGAACAAGGUCCAGAUUCCCGAAGAGGCCUUCCAGCCGGCCAGAAUGAUUCGGGAGCAAGUAGGGGCAAAGCGUGCAAGAAUUGAAGCUAAAACGGACAAAAUCGGAGAAGAAGCCAGUUUGGGCGCCACAGGCAGCGCCUGGCGCCACCUGUGGUGCUGGAGACAACCACCAGGGGCUCUUCCAAGUGAUACUAAGCCCAAUCCUAAAGCUCAAGUCAAUGCGGUUACCUUAAGAAAUGGAAGAGCACUAGAAGAAGUUCCAAAGAAAAAGAAGAAUACAGCUCAUCCUGAAGGAGAAUUAGCUCCCAAGAUAGUUGAGGGGAAUGAGAAAGAUGAUAAAGGACCCAAGCCAGUAAUUGAGACUAGGCCACCACCUCUGUUUCCACAAAGACUGCAGAAGCAAAAAGAUGAUGAUAAGUACAAGAAAUUCCUAGAUAUUUUGAGCCAAGUGACUGUGAAUCUGCCUUUGGUGGAAAUUUUGCAGGAAGUGCCUAAGUAUGCAAGGUAUCUCAGAGAUAUUGUGGCAAACAAACGAAGACAUGCAGAGUUUGAAACAGAUCCUGGGAGUUCCACAAUUCCUUUGUCUUUUGGAAAACAAGAAGUUGGUAGAGCCCUGUGUGAUUUAGGGGCCAGUAUAAAUUUGAUGCCAUCCUCUUUUUUCAAGCAACUCGGAUUGGGGGCACUUAGACCUACUACAAUCAUUUUACAGCUAGCAGAUAGGUCACUAGUCAUGCCCGAAGGAAUUAUAGAGGAUGUGUUAGUUCGUGUGGGAAAGUUUAUUCUUCCUGCUGAUUUUAUUGUUCUUGAUUACGAGGCAGAUGAGGAAGUGCCCAUUAUUUUGGGGCGGCCAUUCUUAGCUACUGGUGGAGCAAUUAUUGAUGUGAGAGCGGGAAAGUUAAAAAUGAGAGUUCACGAUGAGGAGGUCACUUUUAAUGUGUACAAGGCACUUAAGCUUCCUAAGCAUUAUGAGGUCUUGUGCAUGAUUACUGUGUAG